AGGUGUAUUUAUAGUGUACAUGUACACGUUUUCACGUGGUUGUAUAUCUGAAUUGCAUCACCUUAAUUUAAAGCAUUGUCCCAUAUGGUUUCCGACUCUCAGGUUGUCAAUAUAAUAAAAUCUGUUUGCGAUUUUUACUUUCAUUGGUUAAGCGUGUGUAUAUCUUACAGAAAAGGAUUAAUAUUUAUCAUGUUUAAAAAACAUAACAUAAUUUAAAUCGAAUAACAUAAUUAUAUCAUCGGAUGUGUAUAUUAAUUCGCAGACUUUGACGUAGUGUUAACAUUCUGUUUAUGUUUAAAAAGAGAGAAAAACUCCACCAACAAUUUUUGAAAUGGAUUUAAUUGAAAAAAUGAUGGAGGCGGGAGAAUCCGUGCGCGUGUUCGGGUACGGGUCUUUGCUCUGGAAGCCGGAUUUCCGGUAUGAGAGGGCUGUGACGGGCUGGAUAGACGGGUAUAAGAGAAGAUUUUGGCAGGGAAAUGUAACACAUAGAGGCACGGUUGAUAAUAUCGGACGGGUUGCAACACUAAUACCGCAUAAGAAGAGUAAAGUAUAUGGCGUGAUGUAUGAAGUCAAGGACCAAGAAGCAAAACGUAAAGCUUUGAAUGGUUUAACUAAUCGUGAAGUGACUCUUGGUGGGUAUGACGUCAUUACAACUGCGUUCUAUCCGGCAGACGAUGACACUAAGGCUAGUUCUGUAAUUGUUUUCAUGGCAACACCUCAGAAUGAAUAUUACCUAGGGAAAGCAAGCAUGAACACCAUGGCGAUGCAAAUUGUGAACGCUGUUGGACCAUGUGGUGCAAACAUUGAUUACGUCACUAAAAUGGCGGACUUUAUAAGAGAGCAUAUACCGGAAGACAAAGAUAAACACUUGUUUGCGUUAGACAAACGUGUGCGCGAGUUGAUUGAACAGAAAUACUGCCUUAGUACUUUAAUAGGACAAAGUGAAUUCUUCGAAGAAAGACAAGAAUCGAGAGAAUAAAGUGUUCUGCCAAACGAGAAUAAGUUUUGAUCUCAGAAUAUGAAGUCAGUAUUAGAGUGAUACAUGUAUAUAUUUUGAAUACAUGUACAUGCAUUAUGGAUCAGUGUUCAUUACUUUAUACCUUGAUAGUCAUCGUCUUUAGCUGACUUCAUGUUUGCUUUACUUAUUUAUUUACUUAUUUAUUUAUCAACAGCACUUACAUGUAUUUAUUUAUUUAGUAAGAUAUACUUACACAUUAUGUUUCAGAUAUACCAUGCAUUUAUUCUAUGAUAUACAGUACAAUGAAUAUGCAAUACAAUGGCAAAUGACACCAUGUGUUCUUGUGACACCCUGUGUUGAAUUUUA